AAUUUAUUUUGCAAUUUAAGUAAAUUUGAGAUAAAUUUUAAUAUUUCUAUAAAAUAUUCGUAAAAAAUGGGUCGUACUAAUGCCACAGUAGAUGAACUAAAAAGUUAUUUUAAAACUCACAGUAAGGUUCGAGAACAAAAAGCCCACACAUCAAAGGUACAUUCUGUGGGAUGGAGUUGUGAUGGAAGACGACUGGCAUCGGGAUCUUUUGACAAGACUGUAGCAGUAUAUACUUUGGAAAGGGACAGGUUGAGCAAAGAAAGCACAUAUCGUGGUCAUAACGGUUCUGUGGACCAGCUAUGCUGGCAUGCUACCAAUGCUGAUCUAUUAAGCACUGCUAGUGGUGAUAAAACUGUACGCAUUUGGGAUAUAAGAAGCGGUAAAUGUUCAUCGGUUACAACCACUAAAGGGGAAAAUAUCAAUAUAACUUGGUCACCAGAUGGUAAAACUAUAGCUGUGGGCAAUAAAGAAGAUUUGGUAACGUUUAUCGAUACUAGAACAAAUAAGAUAAGAGCUGAAGAACAAUUUAAUUUUGAGGUUAAUGAAAUAGCUUGGAACAAUAGCAGUGACUUUUUCUUUCUUACCAAUGGCAUGGGCUGUGUCCACAUACUAAGCUAUCCGUCUUUAGAAUUACAGCAUGUCUUAAAAGCCCAUCCCGCCACUUGCAUUUGCAUAGAAUUUGAUCCCACUGGCAGAUAUUUCGCCACUGGUUCUGCUGAUGCUUUAGUAUCUUUGUGGGAUGCCAACGAAUUGGCCUGUUUGCGUGUUCUUUCACGCUUAGAUUGGCCCGUACGUACUAUAUCAUUUAGUCAUGAUGGUAAACUUUUGGCUUCUGCCUCUGAGGAUCUGAUGAUCGAUAUUGCUCAUACGGAGACGGGUGAGAAAGUGGCAGAUGUUUCAGUGGACGCUGCUACUUUUACUGUGGCCUGGCAUCCAAAACAGUAUUUACUAGCGUAUGCUUGUGAUGACAAAGACAGCAACGAUCGUAGACGUGAGGCGGGUAAUCUUAAAGUUUUUGGUUUUCAGGAGUAAUUAAGAUUUAAUCAAUAAAAUAUUUUGACAAAAUA